ACAUGACCCCAAAGCAGAGGGAAUGGGGGAGAAUUUCCAUCCACUUUCGUGGGGGCUAAAUCAUAGCUGUAGUUGGUACAAAAAUCACUCAUGAACCCCAAGAAGCUGCGUUGAACCUUCACCUAUUUGCCAGCUUUCUCCUGCCCAUAAAGCAAUUUUGCCCUCUUAUUCUCUUCUCAACUUGUCGCAAAUUCCCAGUCUGAAGCCUUAUCAACUUUCUCCUAUAUAACUGUGUGCCAUAACCUUCAGUUUCUUGUCCAAACCAGCUCUCCUACUAUGGCCACUGCUGCUGUCACGGCCACUGCUUCCAAGUCCUCCAAGUGGUUCUCCAGCAAAACUACUAAACUUAGCCUCCCUCGCGUUGGAUCCAAAUCCAAAUCCUCAUCCUCGAGCCCAUGCCCUUCUCCAUCUCUAGUCCUUGGACCAAAGAAGAGCUCAAAAGAAGAUGAGCUCCGACAAGUUUUUGGUUACUUCGACAGUGAUGGAGAUGGGAGGAUAUCGGGUGAGGAGCUUAGAGUUUACUUCCAGUCUAUCGGGGAGUCCAUGUCGCAUGAGGAGGCGCAAAAAGUGAUUGGCGAUUUCGAUGUCGAUGGUGACAGCUUACUAGAAUUUCAAGACUUUGUUCGAUUGAUGGAGCAAGGCAGCGAGGUGGAUGAUGAUCUUAAGAGGGCUUUCCAGAUGUUCGAAGUGGAAAAGGGUUGCGGGUGCAUCACCCCAAAAGGACUGCAACAGAUGUUCAACAGGCUGGGAGAUUCCAAAACUUACGAUGAGUGUGUGGCCAUGAUUCGAGUGUUUGAUCUUGAUGGCAACGGAGUGCUCGACUUCCAUGAGUUUCACCGGAUGAUGGCUUGACUCUCUUGAUGUGUGGAUGUAUAUAUACCAAUCUAGCUACGUACUUAAUUGAUAUAUGUAGAGAGAGAUCAGAUGAAACCCAGUAUUAAUCCCUCACAAGCUAUAUUACAUUUUUGGGUUUCAGCCAUUUAUUUAUUCUAAUAAAAAAAAUUCCCUUGUUGCA